AUGAUUCCAAACUUAGAGAAGGACAUAAAGAACAGUUUAUUCCUUCUGUCACAGAAGCUUGUGACCAUUCAGAGGGCCACCAGAUCAACCCUCACACACGAUGAUGCAUACUUGAGGUGUCUACCUAAAACACACUACUACCUGGUUCUGGAACUGCAGAAACGGCUGAAACGACUCGGGUUUCUUCAGAGCCGCAGGGAACAGGAGGUGUUCAGGGUCUGGACAGAACAACACAGAAGCACAUGUCAACUUGAGAAGCAACUACAAGCAAUGGAACACAGCAGUAAUCCCAGCUCAGAUGUUACUCUUAGGGACCUGCUGAAACAGAAAUAUGGGUCUCUCCCGAAACUUCAGAUCACACCUGAUGACUCCACAGCACAGCACAAACAUAUGCCAGUCUCACUAAGAGGGAAUGAAGGAGUGAACACUUUCCAACAGCGGGGCAAACAGAGCUGGGGACAAGACGAAACUGAGCUCAUGUUUCCUGAGGUUUUCACUCGGGAGCUCAAAGUGCCUACAUUUUCCAGUCUGCGGUCCACCUUCCUGGAAGAAGUCAGCUCCAAGAUGCUUCUUAUGAGAAGCUAUGAGCCACCGAUCUGGUCAAAGACCAUUGACAUUAAACACAAAACGAGAUUAAUGCACAACCUCUCGCUCUCUCAUAUGGCUGACACUCAGAGAAUUAUGGCAAAAAAUGGACUCGGUCUGCAAUGCACCGAUGGGUUCAGCAUUAAAGAAUUGAUGGAGCAUGAUUGUCCCCACAGCAUCCAAACUCAGAAGUCCAGAUAUCCCACAGAGCCUGGCUUUACGCACCUGAGUGAUAAAGGAACGUCCGAGGGCCCAGAAUCCUUCACUGAGAGUCCAAAUACUAAUUUCUCACCAAGUCUGCGUCCGGCUGGAAAAAGCACAGAUGAAUCCCCGUCUAGUUCUGCUAAAGACACUCAAUCAUCAUAUACAGACAUGCCUCUAUGCAUAGCUGACAUCUAUACUAGUCGUGCUGUUGAGGUCCAGGAUGCUGUUAGUUAA